AUGUUAAUGAAUUGUGAUUUCAAUUGUGACCUUUUCGAGCAGGAAGCCAAAAGGAGAAGUUAUCCAUGGACCAGGCCAUGCGAUGGAUGUCAUGCAGCACCAAGCGCAGUAUACUGCCAUGCUGAUGCUGCAUAUCUCUGCGCAUCAUGUGACACACAGGUUCAUUCUGCUAAUCGUUUGGCAUCGUCCCAUGAGCGUGUGCAUGUCUGUGUAUCCUGUGAGAGUGCAGCCGCAGUGCUUGAAUGCCACGCAGAUUCUGCAGCACUGUGUACCACCUGUGAUGCACAGGUGCACUCUGCUAACCCAAUUGCUCAGAGACACCAACGAGUGCCUGUGCUGCCACUCCCAGCCGUUGCCAUUCCAGCAGCCUCUGUUUUCGCAGAGGCGGAAGCUGCUACCACUGUCUACGGUGACAAGGAAGAGGGAGAGGAGGUGGACUCUUGGCUCCUGCUGGAAAGAGAUUCUGAUGACAACAAUUGUACCAACAACAUAGAUCAAUACUUCAACCUUUUUGGAUACGACAUGUAUUAUGACAAGUUCAGUUGCAACCCAGGACCAGGUGAGGAAUACAGACUGCAAGAACAGGAUGUGCAGAACAUGUACAGAGAGAAUGAGGUGUGUCAGUUUGCAGUACCUUCACAAGUUGUCAUUGCAAGUGAGCAGCCAGAGAGUAGUUAUGGAAUGAUUGGGGCAGAGCAGGAUGCCUCCAUGACUGCUGGGACUAGUACCUACACAGCUUCCAUCAGCAACGGCAUACCUUUCUCGUCAAUGGAGGUUGGUAUAGUACCAGACAACACCAGACCAGAUGUUUCAAAUACUAACAUCCAAAGAACCAGUGAAGCCAUGGAACUCGCGGGCCAUUCACUUCAGAUGCCAGUGCAUUUCAGCUCAAUGGAUAGAGAUGCCAGGGUCCUCAGGUACAAGGAGAAGAAGCAGGCGAGGACGUUCCAGAAGACCAUAAGAUAUGCAACAAGGAAAGCAUAUGCAGAAGCACGACCACGGAUCAAGGGUCGCUUCGCUAAAAGAUCAGAUAUAGAGCAUGAACUAGACCAGAUGUUGACAAUACCAGCCCUACCAGAUAGUGGUCAUGCUACUGUUCUAUGGUUCUGAAAUCUGAUGCAAUGAGAUGAGAAAAUUGUGUUGACAGACACUAUG